ACCGCCAGAUCCCCUCCACUCAAAGAAAAAAAAAAGACCACCAGAUCCCCAAUGGCCGCAGCUCACUCCACCGAACACGCCGAAAUCCCUCAUCAUCCACUCCUCCUAAACCCCGGCCGGCCAUGGCAGCACUGCCGUAUCUCGCCGUCCUCCUCCUGCUCCUCCGCCCAGCGGCCGCACCCGCCGCUCGACCGCCGCCGCCUUCCAAGCCUCCGCCGCCGCAGCCGCACCAGAAAGUGUUCGUCUGGCCCAAGCCGACGUCCAUCUCGUGGCCGUCCGUCGUGUACGCGCCGCUCACCCCGACCUUCAGCAUCCGCGCGGUGCCGACCCACCCGGCCCUCCGCCACGCGAUCGCCUACUACAUCCGCCACAUCCGCGCCGAGCGCCACACGCCGCUGGUGCCCCCCGCCAACUACACGCUCGCCCGCGUCCCCGUCCGCCUCCUCACGCUCUCCGUCUCCGACGCCCAAGUCCCGCUCGGCCCCGACGUCGACGAGUCCUACACGCUCUCCGUGCCCGCGGACUCGGCCUCCGCCGACAUCUCCGCGGCCACGCCCUGGGGCGCCAUCCGCGGCCUCGAGACCUUCUCCCAGCUCGCAUGGGCCGGCGGCGGCGAGGCUGCGGGCGGCCAGUCGAUUGUCCCCAGCGGCAUCGAGAUCUCCGACCGCCCCCUCUUCACCCACCGUGGCAUCCUUCUCGACACCGCCCGCAACUUCUACCCCGUCCGCGACAUCCUCCACACCAUCCGCGCCAUGGCGUUCAACAAGCUCAACGUCUUCCACUGGCACAUCACCGACGCCCAGUCCUUCCCCAUCGUCCUCCCCACCGUCCCCAGCCUUGCCCACUUCGGCUCCUACUCCCCCUUCAUGCGCUACACCGACAAGGACGUCCGCCGCAUCGUCAAUUACGCCGCCGCCUUCGGCGUCCGCGUCAUCCCCGAGAUCGACAUGCCCGGGCACACGGGUUCGUGGGCAGGAGCGUACCCGGAGAUCGUGACCUGCGCGAACAAGUUCUGGGCGCCCACGGCGAGUCCCGCGCUGGCGGCGGAGCCCUGCACGGGGCAGCUGAAUCCGCUGAACCCCAAGGCGUACCGCGUGGCGCAGGACGUUCUGCGCGACCUGUCGGCCCUGUUCCCGGACCCGUUCCUCCACGGCGGCGCCGACGAGGUGAACACGGCGUGCUGGGAGGACGACCCCGUUGUACGCCGCUUCCUCAGCGAGGGCGGCACGCACGACCAACUCCUGGAGCUGUUCGUGAACGCGACCCGGCCGUUCAUGGUGCACGAGCUGAACCGCACGGUGGUGUACUGGGAGGACGUGCUCCUGGGGCCCAAGGUGAUGGUGGGGCCGACGGCGCUGCCCAAGGAGACGACCGUGCUGCAGACGUGGAACAACGGGGCCGAGAACACGAAGCGGAUCGUGGCCGCCGGGUACCGCGCCAUCGUCUCCUCGGCGGCCUACUACUACCUGGACUGCGGGCACGGCGGGUGGGUGGGCAACGACAGCCGGUACGACAAACAGGAGGAGGAGGGCGACGGGGCGCCGCUGUUCAACGACCCCGGGGGCACGGGUGGAUCGUGGUGCGCGCCGUUCAAGACGUGGCAGCGCGUGUACGACUACGACAUCCUGCACGGGCUGACCGAGGAGGAGGCCAACCUGGUGCUGGGCGGCGAGGUGGCGCUGUGGUCGGAGCAGUCGGACGCCGCGGUGCUGGACGGCAGGCUCUGGCCGAGGGCCGCCGCCGCCGCGGAGACGCUCUGGUCCGGGAACAAGGGCGCCAGCGGGAGGAAGCGGUACGCCAACGCCACGGACCGGCUCAACGACUGGAGGCACCGGAUGGUGGCGCGCGGCAUCCGCGCCGAGCCCCUACAGCCGCUGUGGUGCCCGCUGCACCCCGGCAUGUGCAACCUCUCGCAGUAGCCAGCAGCAGACCGGUGAAGCCUGGCCCCUGCUUUGCUGCCUUCCGUGCCGCACAGCGGCGUGGUGUGGUGGGAAGGAAUGUUCACAGAUCGAACUGGCACGGGGACAGAGAAUUGGAACGUGGAAGCAGCAGCGGGUAUCCGUGGAUCGACAUGGUGAUGAAUACCAGCGGAUGACCAAACAAGAAACUGCAAAAUAAACCAUUUUGUGUUGCUAGCUUCCACCUCUCAACAGUCUCGUGGUUCUUGCGGUAGGAUCAAAGUGAUGUGCGUCAGUGCGUGGUUGCUUUACUGUAUCUGACACUGGACAAUUCAUUGCAUCUAGGAGUACUUUUCAA